AAAUUUGCUCUUCCUCGAGAGUCAAUUGAUACUUCUCCUCAUUCCAUUCAAUCUCCCAUUCAUCAACGAUAAGAGACAGAUAGGCAGGCAACAGAGUUUCUUUACAGAUUCCAACACCCCCCCAACGACCUUCUUCUCCUUUUCUUGUACGGACCAAACCCAUCAUUCUCAACUUCUUCGAUUCGGAUCCAUUUUCUCAAUCCUCGAUUUCUCCGACUGGCAGAGAGCAAUGGCUAGCUCCAAGGGAACACAGAGUGUGAAAGACUUGAUGCACCCAGGCAAAAACGCUUUGCUCCCUCCAAAGAUUCCGUUUCCUACCGUGUCAGCACCAUACUCCGAGUAUAUCCCACUUGGUUCAAGGCACGGUCACAAACUUAACGAUGAGAAACCUCACCACCACCACCAUCACCACCAGCGGACUUCCUCAGAGAGCGAUUUGGUAGAAGAGCCUCCCUCUUGGCUAGAUGAUCUUCUCAAUGAGCCCGAGAGCCCUGUUCGCAAAUGCGGUCAUCGGCGCUCGUCAAGUGACUCUUACGCUUACCUAGACAUGGCUAAUGCUAAAAACAUUAGCUUGACUCUCCAAAACGAUUUCAGCUAUAGGAAUACGGGUUCUCACUCUCAGAGAGGGGUUCAUGAGCUUGAUUGGAGCAGAAACGCUCAGGACGCUGCCUUCUACGCUGAUUCUAAUUUUCUAAAUCGACAGAGGGAUUCUUUGGUGGCAUCUGGUCCUCGUCCUUCUUGGCUACCUUUCACUAGAGAUAGUGUUGGUGGAAAACACAUGGGACCUUCAUCAUAUAUGCCUCAAGAAGUACCAGAGACGAAAAACUACGCCAAAACUCUUUCCCAUGACCCUAAAAAGUUCUCUCCUGAGCUAAAAAACUCCAGUACUCAGCCUGGGACUAGUGAUGCUGACAAUACAAGACGUGCCAAACAGCAAUUUGCACAACGAUCGCGGGUCCGUAAGCUUCAGUACAUAUCUGAACUAGAAAGGACUGUGCAAGCAUUGCAGGCAGAAGGGUCAAAGGUUUCAGCUGAUCUUGAUUUUCUCAAUCAGAGGAAUCUUAUUCUGAGUAUGGAAAAUAAAGCUCUUAAGCAGCGUCUAGAAAGUAUAGCUCAGGAGAAGCUGAUCAAACAAAUGGAACAGGAACUGUUGGAAAAGGAGAUUGGAAGACUACGAGCUCUGUAUCAGCAGCAACAGCUACAACAACAACCAUCAGCAACUCACAAACGUGCCAGUAGCAAAGAUCUUGACUCUCAGUUCUCGAGUCUUUCCCUAAACAGCAAGGAUUCCAACUCUAGCCGUGAUUCUGUAUCAGUGACGAGUCAAUUUCACUUUUAGUCAAUGAAUCUCUCUACCACCCACUGGUUCAUUAGAUCUUAUUUAAGGGCCUGGCGUUUCAGCAAGAGCAGGUCAUCAUCACCUUUUCCGUUUCCUGUGUUUUUUUCCAGCAUAUGGCUUUUGCUUGAGGUGGGUUUAGUUCGAAGAUCAGACACCUCGACUUCAUUUAUCUGGUGAUUUGUUGUAGCGACUUGUGAUAUGGGACGAAUGUAUCGAACCCGGACAAAGUAGUAACACUGAUAUGUGGAGCUGUACUAUGAUAUCUACUGUUUGUUUGUUUGUAUUUUUAUGUUACUGGUAAAAUGGUGCAUCCCCUUCGAGUGAAUGCUUCAUGUAAAGUUGAUGACAUUCUCUGUUGUAAGGUCUGUGAAGUGUCGAGAUAUUUUAUUGCUUCAGAA